UUAUCGGGGCGGCAAAUUUUUCUGCGUCUUUGAUAAUUACUCAAUAUGCAUGCAUGAAUGUGGCGUGAAUAAGUUUAUAUUUAUUUUUCAGACGAAGCUACAGAAAUAUUGUUGUGAUUGCAUAUAUGGAUAAUGAAAGUUAACGAAAAUGAUAAAUUUUAUUUGUUUUGUGGUGAUGUGUUAUGGAUUUGUGACAUUUACUUCUGGAAGUAACGUUAUCCGUUUAGGAUAUUUAACGGGAUCGGAACAAUUAGGUAAAUACUACCAACGCCCUGGCCAAUCUAUAUCAGGUGCUUUAACUUUUGCAUUGGACGAAAUUAAUUCAGACUCGACCAUAUUACCAAAUCAUAAACUAGUUUUCAUAUCUGCAGAAACUUAUGGAAGUGAAAAGGAAAGUAUUCGGCAAACAGUGGAACUGUUGAAAUAUAAUAUUUCUGUUUAUAUUGGACCUCAGGAAACAUGUAUACACGAAGGGAGGAUAGCUUCUUCAUUCAAUCUUCCUAUGGUAUCAUAUUAUUGUUCAGAGGCUGACGUGAGUAAUAAGAUACAGUAUCCAACAUUUGGGAGAACAAAGCCAACAGAUUCUCAGAUCUCACAAAGUGUUGUGUCGAUUCUGAAAACAUUCAACUGGAAAAAGAUUACUUUCAUACAUUCCAAUGAUAAAGAUUAUAAACACACAGCAGAAACAAUUUACCAGCUGUUGUUGCAACACAAUCUUACAGUAAAUUUUCGAAAAGUUUAUGCUGGACCUUAUUUCCAUGGACAUACUGAAAAUCCUUUCAUUCGGAUCGUUUCGGAAACUUAUAUUGACACAAGAAUUUAUGUGAUGCUGGGCCGUCGUUACGAGUUUAUAGGACUGAUGGACCAUUUAGAAGACAAGGGAUUACUGGACUCAGGAGAAUAUUUUGUUGUUGGUAUAAUUCUUAGACAGUAUGAUCCGCUGAAACCAUUUGAAUAUCUAGAAGGUAUAUUCGAUAGAAAUGUGUCGGAUUCAAGUGUUAAAGCGUUUCAGCAUUUUAUCGGAGUGGUUCAGUCGCCUCCGAUAUAUCCAGAUUAUGAGAAUUUCUCUGAAUAUGUCAACCAUUAUCUUGAAUUACCACCAUUUAAUUUUACAAACCCUUUAAAAAAAUAUGGUGCAAAAAAAAUUAUAAAAUCAGAGGCAGCAUUUUUAUAUGAUGCUGUUUGGUUGUAUGCACGCGCGGCUGAUCAGACCAUUAAAGAAGGAAAUGACCUAUCAAAUGGAACGUACAUUUUCAGUAAGCUCAUUGGACAGAGAUAUAAAAGUGCCAUGGGUUAUAUAAGCAGAAUUAAUUCGGUUGGUGAUGCAGAAGGCAAUUUUUCCAUGAUUUCUAGAAAGCUCGGUAAUGAUGGUAGAUGGGGGUUGUAUCCUGUGGGAGUAUUUCAGCUGAACGAAAACACACAAACUCUUCCUAAAUUUACAUUUUACAAAAACGAGGAAAUAUCAUGGCCUGAUGAUAAGAUACCUAUAGACGAACCAGAAUGCGGAUAUCGGGGUCAAAAAUGUAUACAUCCUGUCACUUACACGUCAGAGAUAUUGUUUGGUGUUGCAGGAGGGAUUUGCCUUAUUACAAUUAUCAUAGCUGUAUUAAUCUAUAGGAACUGGAGAUAUGAACAGGAAUUAGCUAGUUUAUUAUGGAAACUUGAAUGCCGAGAUAUUGUACUGGAGAACCAAUGUGGAGUUCCAAAGUCAGUCCUUGCUAAUGGAAAUAUUGCUUGGAGGAGCUCUUUGUUCAGAGCUACUAGCCAGCUCUCACUGGGGUCACAAGUCGAAACGGAUUACAGACAAUUUUUUACAUGUGUUGGGACAUUGAAAGGAACAAUAGUUGCUGUAAAAAUGGUUAAUAAGAAAAGUGUGGAGAUUACCAGAAACAUUCAAAAAGAAUUGAAAGUCAUGAGGGAACUUCGCCAUGAUAAUUUGAAUCCAUUCCUGGGAGCUUGUAUUGAUAGUCCGGUGAUCAUGAUUGUCACAGCUUACUGUUCAAAAGGAAGUCUACAGGAUGUUCUAGAAAAUGAUGACAUUCAGCUAGAUUCAAUGUUCAUUGCUUCCAUUGUAUUCGAUAUAAUUCGAGGUCUCAUGUAUCUGUACAGCACUGAAAUAAAGUCCCAUGGCAGAUUGAAGUCCUCAAACUGUUUGGUAGAUAGUCGAUGGGUGGUGAAAAUUUCAGAUUUUGGAAUGUGUGAAUUUCUAAACGGAGCAAUAGAAGACUUGGAAGAGUAUGCUUAUUGCAGAAAUCUUUUAUGGUGUGCUCCUGAACUGCUUAGUAUGGACAAGAGACCCCGAUGUGGUACACCAGAAGGCGAUAUUUAUUCCUUUGCCAUCAUACUUUAUGAAACUCACGGUCGUAAGGGACCAUAUGGCGACAUGGACAUGUCUCCACAAGAUAUUAUAACUAAAGUGAGAGAUAAUGAUGGUGACAUUCCUUUCCGUCCACGUCUAGCUGAACUAGAUACAGCCCCAAAGUUCGUUACGGAAGUCAUUAAAGAUUGCUGGGAUGAGGUUCCGGAAAGACGUCCGGAUUUGAAAACUAUACGGACGAGAUUGAAAUCAUUGCAGAAAGGAAUGAAAGCUAAUAUCUUAGAUAAUAUGAUAGCAAUAAUGGAAAAAUAUGCCAGCAACUUAGAAGUGCUUGUUGAUGAAAGAACAGAUCAGCUGAUUGAAGAAAAGAAGAAAACUGAGGAAUUACUUCAUCAGAUGUUACCUAAGUUGGUAGCAGAGCAGUUAAAAAGAGGAAAGGAAGUAGAGGCAGAAUCAUUUGAUUCUGUGACAAUAUACUUCAGUGAUAUAUGUGGAUUUACUGCUUUGUCAUCUGAAAGUACACCAUUUCAGGUUGUUAAUUUACUGAAUGACUUAUACACAUUAUUUGACUCUAUUAUUGAAAGUUACGAUGUUUAUAAAGUGGAAACUAUUGGUGAUGCUUAUAUGGUGGUCUCAGGUCUCCCUAAAAGGAACGGAAUAAAUCACGCCGGUGAAAUAGCUUCAAUGUCAUUACAUUUGUUAAAAGCUAUCAAACAGUCAAAGAUAAGACACCGACCUAACGAUGUGCUCAAACUUCGUAUUGGUAUACACUCUGGGUCUUGUGUCGCCGGAGUUGUAGGACACAAAAUGCCCAGAUAUUGUUUAUUUGGUGACACAGUCAAUACAACUUCUAGAAUGGAAUCCACAGGCGAACCUCUAAAAAUCCACUGUUCGUUUCAAUGCAAAAAGUAUCUGGAUGAACUUGAUGGAUACACUGUAGAAGAGAGAGGACUUGUUUCAAUGAAGGGAAAAGGAGAAGUCCUUACAUAUUGGGUAACUGGAGAGGACAAAAUGUGUCGUCUCAAUAGGUUAUCUCAGUCUGAACAAGGACAAAGUACGGAAUCUUCUUGGCAUUGUUUUAGCAAUAAUAAUUAUGACUGUAUGGGCGAUGAUGAUCCAUCAGCCCCUCCAAACAGCUCAGUAACGAUAUCAAACGAUUUACAUAGACAUAACGGAAUUGUGCCUUCUAAAUCUAGAGGAAGUAGCUUAAAACAAAAACAUACAUUAGAUCACUCAUCUCCUAGUUUUACGGCAAAGCGUGUUGAUUUUCGUGAUAAAGGCUUGGGCUCCGUCGACAUGGCAAUAGAGGUGGACAAAUCAUAUGAGUUGUCUCCCUUGAUAUCUCCAUCACAGAAACUUUCGCCACGAUAUGAGCAUGCGCCAUUGACGCUUAACAUAGAAGAUGAGUAGAUAUUCUUUAGUGUCGAAUUUUUAUCGUGUCAUAUUUAUACUUUAAUGGUCCGACAAUCCGAAUUAUUGUAAAAUUGUAUUUAAGUGAAUGGCUGAACUAUUUGAAUGAUCGAAAUGUGACUGUUAUGACCAGGUAUAAAUUGUUGUUUCUCAUUGAUACAACAUAGUCCAUGUAUUUUAUAUCAAACAACUGUCAUUUGAAUUUACUUGUUUCCAUGUUUUGGCUUACCAAGCAAAUUAAGGCAUAUUAUCACAGAAAGAAUUAAACAAUUUAUAAGAUGUUUAAGUAAUUUGUUGCAUUGUAUUAUCAUAUUUAACAAUUUAGUUUUCAAUACUAAAUGCUGGAAAUCUGAAAGUAUUAAAACAUGAACAUUUUGUUUUCGAUUUUUACGAUACAAUUUCAGAAGAAGAAAAAAUGAUGGAUGAAUGAGAAUCAAAAACAUUAUUUCUCUGGUUUUUUUUAGUCUAGUAGUUGACGCUUUUUUAGAAGCUGAAUUAAAAUAAAUAAAUAUGUACAUAUUUAUAGGUCUAACAUUCCAUCUCUGUAUGUUUGUUCAACUAUAUUUAUAAAGUUCUGACAUUAUUAAAAGUUACACAAUGAUUGAACGAAUAUAACGUAACAUAUUAGACAAUAUUUUUAACAGACUGCAACUGGUAUUUAAAAUGUUCUGUCUGUCGUUACAAAUUCAUUUUUAUUUGUUAAGCUUGUACAUAUAGUUAUAUUGAGUUGCUUCUUCGGAGGUCUCUUAGUGAAAAAAAAAUAUCUUCAAAUCUGGAUUAUCACUUGUUUACAGUUGUUAAUGGUAAUACAAAUAAAUUUUUUAAUUUG